AACUUCCUGUAGUUCUUUUCUUUUCUCCAUUUUUUUUCUCAGAUUUCGACAAUCGGGCGUCAGCUCCCUUUCUCUCACGUUUCUCUUUUGAGAUCUGAAUCUAAAAAGAAUCACUAAAAUGGAUGAUCCGCCAAGUCUAAACCCGAACCCUGAUCCAACAAUUCCCUCCAAUGCAUCAUCCACCACCGUAAAGACGCCGUCUUUAGCCAAGCCAACCGCAUUUCGAGGCUCUUACCACAGGCGAGCCCAGUCCGAAGUACAAUUUCGGAUCCCGGACGACUUGGAUCUCGUGUCCGACCCUUUCGAAGGGUUGGGAUCCGAAGAUGACCUGUUUUGUAGUUACAUGGACAUUGAGAAGCUAGGGGGAUCAUCGAAGGGAGCGGACGAAGGAGGGGGGGCUGCUGGGUCUUCGAGUGGUGGGUCGGGUCAGAACCCGAAAGGAGAGGAAAUGAGUGGUGGGUCGGUGAUGGCGGAGAAGCAUAAUGCAGGAGGGAAAGGAAGGCAUAGGCAUAGUAUUUCGGUUGAUGGGUGUUCGAUAAUGGAGUCGAUUGAAGCUAAGAAAGCUAUGGCUCCUGAUAAGCUUGCUGAAUUGUGGACUAUUGAUCCAAAGAGAGCUAAAAGGAUCAUUGCAAAUCGGCAGUCAGCCACUCGCUCUAAAGAGAGAAAAGCCCGAUAUAUAUCUGAACUGGAGAGAAAAGUCCAAACACUCCAAACGGAAGCAACUACUCUUUCUGCACAACUAACCCUAUUCCAGAGAGAUACAACAGGCUUGACUACUGAGAACACUGAGCUUAAGCUACGGCUACAAUCUAUGGAACAACAGGCUCAGCUACGUGAUGCUCUAAAUGAAGCACUGAAGAAUGAAGUAGAGAGGCUCAUGAUUGCUACUGGAGAAAUAAUGAUACCGACAGAUACUUAUAAUUUGGGAAUGCACCAUAUACCAUACACCCAAUCUUCUUUCUUUCCUCACCAGCCACAGCAAAUGCAAGUCGACACCCAGAAUAUACAAAUGCCACCAUUUCAUCCCUUCCAAUCUAACAUGUUGACACCUAAUAAGUCUGUGGUAGCUAACUCACAUGCCUUCGCCGGAAUGAUGCAACAGGAUCCUCUUAGCCGAUUGAAGGGGCUUGAUAUCAGCAGGGGUUCCCAGUUAGUGAAAUCUGAAGGCCCCUCAAUUUCUGCCGGUAAAAGCAGAGGAACAGUAUGAUACAAAUUUUGCUAAUCUACACCUUGCCCUGGCCUAUUUGUUGCAUUGUUCAUAGACUGACCUUAUUGACAUCGAAAGGUACUAUUUGAUUGAAUGCAAUUCUUUUAAUGUGAAUGGGAUUUUAGUUUUUCUCCAGCUUUGCUAGGUCUUCAGAUAUUCAAGAUUCUUUCCUUGUGGGUUCAAAUUCAUUUUUUUGGAGCAAUGAUGUGGGAAUAGAAGUUUGAUCCCUAGGAGUAGAUUAGUGCAACAUUUCCAAACCAGCUGUUCCCAUUGUAUCGAUGGUUAAGUAUCUUCAAAUUGCUUUUGUUUCAGUUGACGAUUCACUCUCCCUCUCGAAUAGGUGUGUGUACAACUGUAAAUGUAUCAGGCUAUCUGAUUGUAGUGCCCUGAGUUUUUUGAUUUCCUGGCUCGGUUGAACCCUCAAGGAUAAUAGAGGCCUUAGUUGCCAUUGCUUGUCACUUAAUAAUUUGGUCUGAUUACUUGUGACUUGUGAAUGCAUCAUCGUGGUGAUCUAUACUCUGUUGAGAGAUAUCUUAGAGUUACAACUUUGUUCAUUCCUUUGUUAGGGUGCACAUGGUUAAGCAAGAGUCCACUUUCU